AUGUCAAGAUGGUCGACAUCUUCAAUACUAACGAUGAAGAAAUCCAAAUUCAAGGCGUUUUGUACACCUAUUACGUCAAGCACAGAAAUUCCCGGACUAUUAGAAGAUAUUUUUAAACUUGAUAAAACAGUACAAAAGGCAUCACAUCCACUGAUGUACGCAUGGAAGACAACACAAUCCAAUCUCACCGAUAAACAGGGUAAAAGUGCUGCCGUUGAGCUAAACAAGCUAGUCAAUCUGAACCAAGGAUUCAAUGAUAAUCGUGAGGGUGGCUCGGGGUUACGAAUACUUGGGAUGCUGGAUAGGUUACACUUGGUGAACAUCCUGGUAAUUGUCAGUAGGUGGUACGGGGGGACACCAUUGGGUCCUGCUAGAUUCAAAUGUAUGAGCGAUGUGGGUAUGGAAGCGUUGCGAAACGGGGGAUACCUAGGAUUUAAGGGGAAAUGGACAGAUUGCUCCAAAGUGAGAAACCAAAGGUAG